AUGAAUGAAGACAAGGUCAAAAGAAAGAGAGAGUUUCUGCCGCCAUCUUCUGCAGCCAAGAAAAAGUCCGCAUCAAAGCUUGAUCUUCUGUUUAUUCCAAAGCGGCCUCAGUUAGGGCAGUCAAAGGCUGCGAAAGACAAAUCCUCUCCAAAGAAUGCCGAUGAAAAGCAGGAAAAGUAUUACAGGAAGCAAGACCAGCAGGUUUAUACGAUCAACGGGAUCAGUGUAAACUUCCCUUACAAGGCAUAUGCAUGCCAGCUCAAUAUGAUGGAUAAGUGCGCCAACCAGCGAAAACGCUCUUCUCGAGAGCCCGACCGGCAGUGGCAAAAGCCUUUCACUUUUAUGCUCGGUUCUGAGUUGGCUCCACCAUCAAAAGUCCCGAAAAGGCGCAAAAUAACACAUCGGCAAAUUACACAACUAGUUAAAGAACUUGGAUCUACUUCCUAUAGGCCGAAAAUGGCAGUCCUAGGCAGCCGAAAUCAUUUAUGUCUUCAGAAUGCAGCAUUGAACUCAGCGGAUCCGAACGAAAAAUGGUACCUAAAAUUUUUGUUUACCUCCAGCAAGGAAAUGGUCAAAGAUGGUGCCUGCAAAUACUACCAUCGGGCAGACAACUUGGCAAAGGCGAUGAAAGAUACCAUCUGGGAUAUCGAAGAUCUGGUGGAAAAUGGCCGCGAUGUGAAGGGUAUUUUUUGGUUGCUCAAAUGGCAGGGUGUCCAUAUUAUGCUUCCAGGGCUCUUGCUCAAGAGGCAGAAGUUGUGUUUGCACCUUACAAUUACCUUUGUGACCCGCAAGUCAGGACAGCAAUGGCAAUCAACAUCAAGGACAAUGUCGUCAUUAUUGAUGAGGCCCACAACAUUGAAGACACCGCCAGAGAAGCGGGUAGCUAUGAGAUGGGAUGGUUCCGAGAUUCAGUCCACCAUCGAUGCAGCUGGCUUUAGCAUUUUCUAUUACAGCGACUUUAAGAAGAAAAUGGAGCGCUCUCAGGAGCUAGAGCGCGACUUGGAUCAAAAGGAGAAAGAAAAGCUGUCCUUUUUAUCCAGCGGGGCCCAAACUGUUCUCGCAGGGCUGUUGUUUAUCCUCAAGUUUGUAUUUGAGGAAAACUACCAAAAGCACCUGUCAGAUUAUAAGAUGGCUCUUAAUGACUAUAUCAUGGGCUCAUUUGCUUCUGAGCUGCAAACGGCAUUUGGGCAUCGGCUGGAGGCGAACCAUGUUAUUUCGCCAAACCAAGUUUGGGUUGGUGUUGUUCCCCGCUCGCCAAAUGGGCUUGACAACGAGGGCGUUUAUCGAUCGCUGGACUCCUUUUCGUUCCAAGAUGAAAUGGGGCUUGCGAUUCUUGGAUAUCUUCCCCUUAUUCCGCAUGGUGUUUUGUGUUUUGUCCCUUCGUAUUCUUUCCUUAAGAAGGCUAUCACACGGUGGAAAUCUACUGGCCUUUUCGCGAAGCUUUCGCAGAUAAAACGGGUGUUGAUAGAGCUUCUUGAUGAGUAUUAUGAAUCGAUUGCCGCCUCAACUUUACAAGCAAAGAAGACGGGAAAAGAUAGCGGCGGUGCCAUUUUGAUUGCCGUUUACAGAGGAAAAGUAUCUGAGGGGCUUGAUUUUAUCGAUGAUAACGCCCGGGCCGUUAUAGCGAUUGGGAUUCCAUUUCCCUCUGCUAAAGAUAUUCAGAUCACCGCGAAAAAAGAUUUCAAUACCAGAUACGCAUUGAGCAAGGGCCUUCUUACGGGCAGCCAAUGGUGCCCAAUGACGAUUGAUUUUUUAGGCAGGUGUCUUCGGCAUCGCAAUGAUUGGGGUGCUAUUAUCCUAUUGGAAAAGCGAUUUGUAAAUGCUAGGAACCAGCAGCAACUUUCAAAGUGGGUUAGAAACAAUGUCAAGGUAUAUCCCAGCUAUGCGGACAGUACUGCCUCGCUAUCGACUUUUAUGAAUAAUUGGAGAAAUUUCAGUGCAAAAAAGGACGAGCUCAAAGCCGAUGAUCGGCAUCAGAUGCCAAAAAGUGAUAAUAUGAUCCAUCAAGAGAUAAAAGAAAUGUUUCAAAUGCCCCGUUUGCUGGAGGAAAUGCAGGAAAAUACGGAGGAACCACAUUGCGAAAAAGACUACAUUCAGAUUGAGGACUCCCAGUGUGAGGGGAUUUUUUGCGCUCCCAUUGAAACAAUCAUUAGCGACGAUGAGGGUGGUGACAAGGACAAUGCCAAAAAAGGUACUUUUGUUUCCUUUUUCUAG